UGUAGCCCACGCUGCAUUUCUUCAAAGGGAUUUUUAGAUCAGUUUUGCUGACUAGAAGGUCUAAUAAAUCAAUAAUAGAAAUUUUAGCCAUUACUAUGGACGAAUCUAACCGCGCCUCCUCGUACCUGGACGAGCCGGCGAACAGUCGUCUGUUUCUCGUCACCAGUAAGUCCAUAACCGAGGAGAUCAUCCGAGAACACUUCACCACGUUCGGCGAGAUCCAGGACAUCUGGGUGGUGAAGGACAAGCACACGAAAGAGUCGAAAGGAGUGUCGUUUGUGAAGUUCUCCAAGUCCUCUCAGGCCUGCACCGCGAUGGAGGAGAUGCACGGCCGGAGCCUGGCCGAGGGGACCAAACCCAUCAAGGUGUUCAUCGCUCAGGCCAGAUCCUCCGGGAGCCACCGGGAUGUGGAGGACGAGGAGCUCACCAGGAUAUUUGUGAUGAUCCCAAAGUCCUUCGCUGAGGAAGAUUUAAAAGAAACUUUCAAGGUGUAUGGAGAUAUAGAGUACGCUAUCAUUAUAAGGAACAAGAACACCGGUGAAAGCAAAGGUCUGGGAUACGUGCGGUUCCACAAGCCUUCGCAAGCCGCCAAGGCCAUAGAAAACUGUGACAAGACUUUCAGAGCUAUCCUAGCCGAGCCCAGGACCAAAAACUCAUCCGCAGACAACGACUAUUUCAGCAACCCCAGAUCGGAGCACUCCGGGAACGAUCCCGGCUCCAGCUCGUACGCCUUUGGAGCGCACGAGUCCAGCAGCUUCGCCCCCGGGGGGGACACGUGGAGCUCUGACAUCAUCACGCGGUGCCUGAUGGUGUCGACCCGGGCCGCGAUCACGCAGGAGCAGAUCUACGGCCUGUUCGACCUGAUCCCGGGGCUGGACUUCUGCGAGAUGCAGAUCGAUCAGUACGGCUUCAGCAAAGGUCAGGUGGUGGUCCGGUACAAUAACCUGGGCUCUGCGGUUUAUGCCAAAGAGAAGCUGAAUGGGUUUGAGUAUCCGCCUGGUAACCGGCUGUCAGUCACGUACAUAGACGACGGGGAGGACAGGACCAGUCCCGUGGGGAAGAUGGCGAUGCAGCUGGUGGCGGCUCAGAUGAUGUCGAUGGUGUGGAACGGCCCCUGCGGAGCACAGCUAAUGAAGACCAGCGCCGGCUAUACAGCGCCUCCUGUGGCCCAGAAAGCGCGUGUUCAGACUGAUGUGGCUCUUCCUCCUCUGAAGAAGCUGGUGUCGUCUGACGGCGCGGUGAAGGAGAGACUCUUCGUCAUCUUCAACCCCUCACCUCUGCCUGUGGACGUUCUGGAGGACCUGUUCUGCCGGUUUGGCUCCCUGAUGGAGGUUUAUCUGGUUCCCGGCCGUAAUGUGGGAUAUAUCAAGUACUCGGACCGUAAGUCGGCUCACGACGCCAUAGCGCUCCUGCACGGGAGAGUGGUGAACGGGGUCAAGAUGAAGGUCAUGCUGGCCGACCCGCCCAAAGAGGAGUCACACAAGCGCCAGAGAACAUACUGACCUUUGACCUUAUGACAGACACGGAGUUUUAAGUGACAUGACGCAUGACCCCGACAUGACAGGACGAGUAUUAACGAUGACACGACCUCAUAACGACGGACACUGACUGCCGUACUGCCAUUUCAGUUCUUUUAUAACAAUCAAAGUGUUUUUGAUUUCUCUCUCUCUUUUUUUGUUUGUUUUGUUUACUUUCAGCAAACUGCCAGUAAUUCAGACACUUGAAGGGAUGGUUCACCCAAAAAAUUAAAUUGUCAUAAUUUACUCAUCCAUGUCAUUCUAAACGUCUGACCGACUAUAUUAUAUAUUUUAAAGAAUGUUUUCUUAAAGAACAUAUAAUGAAACAACAUUGGAC